GAGCCGUGAUUGGACUGUUCCCUCCUCUGCAGGCAGCUCGGAAACUUGAUAGCUCCGGCAGGGGCUGGGGAGUGGCUCUCUUUUCCCUCCCAGCGGCUAGCGGUGCUUAUAAACAGUCCACAGGUUGCUGCUCCCAGUGCCCAUCUCCUAGCCUUGAAACCUGAGGCAACACCAAGGCAAUCCUGGAUCCUGGGCUUUCAGACCUUGCACUCUGUUCCUUUCCUGUCCUGCAGGUCAGCCCCGUGAGACAUCAUCUCCAGCUCCUGGAUCCUAAUGGCAGCCGAGCCACUGACUGAGCUGGAGGCCGCCAUCGAGACAGUGGUCACCACUUUCUUCACCUUUGCAAGGCAGAAAGGCCGGAAGGGCAGCCUCAGCAUCAGUGAGUUUCAGGAGUUGGUCACCCAGCAGUUGCCUCACCUGCUCAAGGAUGUGGGCUCCCUAGAUGAUAAAAUGAAGAGCUUGGAUGUAAAUCAGGACUCGGAGUUCAAGUUCAAUGAAUACUGGAGACUGAUUGGCGAGCUGGCCAAGGAAAUCAAGAAGGAGAAGGUCCUGGAGAUCCGGAAGAAGUAAAGCGCCCACUGGCUGGGCAGAGCCGGGCUGAAUCCACAACCUCCAAAUAAAGCUUCCAUCUUGAAACAAA